AUGACAGUUAAUUAUUUAAAUGAAAUUAUUUCGAUAUUUCUUCAACGCAAUAUAAAAGAAAUUGGCGACAAUGAAUUAAGUAUUGCUAUGAGAAAUGAUGGAAAGCCAUGUUCAAUUGAAGAAAUACGUCGUAUUAUACAAUCAUUCGGUUCAUCUCUGUUUCGAUGUAGAUAUAGUCAAGAGGAUGUACUUCUUGUUCAAAUUGAACCCUUAAUAAAAAUAUGUAAAAAUUUUCUUAGUGGAAAAUGUAAUUUCAAAACAACAGAAUGCAAUCAACUUCAUUUAUGUCAUCGUUUUGAUCAUAAUAACCCAAAUGGGUAUCAUGUUUCUCGUGAUUUUACUUGUGAACAUAAUCGCCGUAUCAUUGAGCAAUCAAACUGUCAAAAUAUAAAUCCAAUAUUACUCGUUCAGUUUAUCCAACUUAAUGAAAAAUUUUCUCAUGAUUUAUCUCAGGUUUCAAUUACAUCACCUGUUGUUUCAAAAACUCGAGAUAUAAAAUCAUCAUCAGUACAGUCAAAACCUAUUCAACAAGCUUGUUCGCCAAGAAAACGUAUUCAUUCAGAAGAAGAAUCUAAAUAUGAUUAUGCUAAAAAUGCUUGUAGUAGAGAUAAUGUUACUCCAGCGAUGUGUGUAUCGACAGGAUUCGAUACAAACUAUUCACUCGAUAUUAGUUUUCUAUCGAGAUCUCUUAGUCGUCAUAUUAAACUUCAGAAAAUCGAAGAAUUCUUAAAACAACAAGGUCUAAAUAUACACAGGAUGUUUGAGUCAAAGGUCAAUGGAUAUUUUAAUCAAUAUACAAUUCAAUAUCAUGAAAACAAUAAUAAUCUUCUGACAAAACCUAAUAUUACAUAUCAGGGUAUUCAUAUGAAAUUUAAAAGAACUAAUCCAUUAAUUGAUCAACAAAGUUUUGCACUUAAAUUACCCAUUGAUUUUAAACGUAACCCAUUGAUAAGAGAAGAAGUCAAACAUUAUAUUAAUACUUUAACUAAUUCAUAUUCAUACAAAAUAACCGAGGUUUUAACACAAGGAGAACAGAUUCUAUUGAUUCAAUGCAAUAAUACAAUUGAUUUUGAUAUGGUUCGUCGACUGCAUAAGUCAAGAUCACAAUUACAAGGAACAAAUAUCUCAUUGAAACAAGUAUAUGAACUGGAAAAUGUUAUUAUUACGUCUGUUCAGAAUUCAUUACUGUCGAUUGAAAUUAUUGAACGUAUACUUCAACCUGUAUUUGACAAUAUCUUUAAUUUUACUAUUCAAUCUAACCAAACAGCACGUGUAGAAUUCGUUCGUGCUGAUCAUUUAAAAGAGUGGCUCUUUGAUUGCCAUACAGUACAACGACAAUUUGGUGUUAAGAUUCAACUUGAUGUUAGAUGUGUCGACCAUGAUGAUGAUGACGAUGACGCUAUUUCUGGUACCUCAAAUGAUCAGAUAUCAACACAUUUCAAUAAAGAACAUCAAACUUCACAAGUAACAGUCUAUAUUCGUCGAAUUUGGGCUAUGAUUGUUAAUCAUCCAAUUUUCGGUAUUGAGUACAAGAAUUAUAUACGAACUGAACUUGGCGUUGAGAUUGAUAUUCAUGAUAAUCGAAUUCAAGCAUAUUUUUAUUCCAAUUUGGAUCAAGCAGUUCGAGAAAAUCCUACUGUUCUUCUGACCGAUACAACUUAUACAUUUAUGGAAAAUUUCGAUAUUCGUUCAAUAGUCUUGCAAAAAAUAACAGAACAACUCAAAAUUCUUCAUGCACAUUCAAAUGCUGUUGCAUUCUAUCAAGCCAAAGAUAACUUUUAUAUGUUGACUGCGAAAAAAUCCUAUAUGGAGGUUAUCAUGCACGAAUUGUCUUCGAUAGUAUCCAUUGAUGACACACUAAAAAGUAUUCUUUCGUCAGUAGCAUUUACUGAUCACGAAACGAUUAAAACUAUUGAUGGACAACAAGUAUCAACAUGUGUAAUUCCAUCAUCAUUAUAUAAUUCAACAACUACUGACGAUCAAUAUAUCGUAACAGAUGACAUAAUCAGUAAGAGUGUGACAUUAUCAUUCAAGACUCCAACACAUACAGCUUUAUUCACGAGAACAACGUUUCAAUCCAAUCUUCAAAUCUAUUUUCAUACAAAAUAUUCUGUUAAACUUUAUUUCGAACCUACUGUUAACAUAAAUAGUUCCACAUUGAUCAAAAUAAUCGGACGACAAAGCACUAUUGAUUUAGCAAUACAAGAGUUGGAAACUCUAGUUUCAUUAUGUCGCACAAAAACAUUCAAUGAAACGACCGAUCAUGAUUGGACAAAGAUUAACGAUGCAAUUCAUGUUAUUCAAUAUCAUUUAGAUACAAUGAAUAUCAAAUGUGUCUGUCAGCAACAGAUAGCUCCUGCCUCGAUAAUGGUACACUAUAUUGACAAAACGCACAUAGAGUUUGGUGUCGAUGAACAAAUUAUUGAAAAACUAUGUCGUGAGACGUUGAUUUCAGUUAUAUGUACAUCAACGAUAGUUGAAAAAGAAUGGGCAGCUCUUAAAUCUCGUAUUUUGCAACGUGAUAAUUAUGGUAAAGAUAUUAGUCUUUUGGAUGAACAACAAACUAUUAGUCUGUUUGGUUUACCUGAAAUUGUAAAACAAGUUCAACAAUUAUUCGAAGAUAAGAAAGCAACAACAAAUUCAUCUAUGCGAAAAAAUCAACUGAGAAAAGCAAGAACAGAACCUAUUAGAAAGUUACAAGGUGAAAAAUCUGAACAUUGGUCACCAUCGAAUAAUGAUACAUUAAAUCAAGAAUCAAAUCAAUCGAAACAAAAAACAAUUGAAACAUACUCAAUAACAUUCGAUAUCGAUGAACCUGGUUUCGAAGUUCUCGUCAACAAAAGUUUUAAUCGACUAUUAGCUAUCAUUGAGUCAAAAUGUCAGCUUGAAAAAGAAAUUAUUCAUCAUCCAAUUCAAAUUGAAAUACCUAAAUCAAAAGUAAAUCAUUCUGACGAUAGUACAUCGCACAACAAAUCACAGGAAGAUAAUCCUAAAUCUAUGGAUGAUGCUAGUAAGGCUUUUGUCAACUUGAAUCCUAAUAUGUUUCAAAUAUCAUUUUAA